AUGCGCACACGCGACAUUCCCCUCGAGAUCUGGCACCAAAUCAUCGCUCAGGCGUGCAGCGACGGCGGACGCACUGGAGCCGCCAUAGCGCGCGUUUCACACUUCUUCCACAACGCCUCCUACCCCGUACGUUUCCGCUCUUUGGCGUUCAGCACACUCGGCCAAAUCCACCAAUUCUUCGCCUACAUCCAAGCGUACUCCUCCUCCAGUUCGCAGACACCGAAGAUCCAACACCUUCUGCUCUCCUUUUCCACCCCGACCCCGACGACUCCGACGCCAGCGGAUGACGUCGGCCCCGCGCUCGACCUGGCCGAUCCCUACCUGUGGUACCGCGUCCGGCAGCAGCGCGAGCUCGAGAAGGCCGCCUGGGACAGGGAGUUCACCGCGCUCGUCUCCGCGCUGCUCGCGCUCGCGGCGCCGACGCUCGAGACCCUCGCCGUGCUGCAGUCGGACGGGCACGCGCUCCCGGCGCUCGCGCACGCCCCGCCCCUGCCGCGCCUACGCGAGCUGACCCUCCUCAUGGGUAUCGCGGCCAUGCUCGACCACCGCGAGAUGCACCUUUGCACGCAGGCGGAGAAUUCGACGAUCCCCGGGGCCGUGGCCGAGGUCGACGACCCCCCAUCCAACGCACCAGCUGGAACGCGUCCGCCCGGGCGCGCCCCCGAGGACGGCGACGGCGGGUGCGGGUGCAGCGCCGUCGCGCUGAGCGAACGCUUCCCCGCGCUCGAGCGCCUCCACCUCGUCUGCGGCCGGCACCGCGACUGGACGCUCGCGGACGCGCUCGCGUGGCUGCCGCGCACGACGCCCGCGCUCACGCACCUCCGCGUCUCGAACGCGGCGUACACGCACGGCCGCGACGGCCGCCUCGCCGCGUUCCUCGCGCGCGCGCUCCUCCCGGCGCGGGCGCCGGCGUCGGGCUCGACGGGCGGGCGGGCGAUCAUCGGGGCGCGUCAUCGUGCACUCGGUGCCUCCCCCCCGGGGCCGGUGCGAGAACCGUACGCGGACUACCGCGCGCUCGUGGCCGCGGUUCGCGCGGUGGGCGCGGCGUGCGAGGGCGGGGCGGCGGGGGACGCGCGGGUGACGUGGGUCGAGGGGGGCGGCGAUGCACGGGAGUGGGAGGAGGCGAUCGCGGCGCAGUGGGUGGACCGGAUCGAGGGCGGGCUCGGAUGCUGGGAGGCUCGAUAG